CGUAACCAAUUUGGACAAUAUGGCAUGAUCUAAUUAUGGGCUGGGCCUAACUGAAUUUUGAAGUUACGAAUGCGGGCCCAAAAACGGGCCUCAGGUCGCGUUUCUCAGCUCCCCGCCUCCCCCCAAAUCCGAGAAAAAUCUAUUACGUGACCGUCAAAUCUUAUGGAAAGAAACAAACUGGUUCACCGGCGCCAGCGGCUGUACACCGCCGCUGUGGGAGAUAAAACCCUUCGUCUCGCCGGGGAAACAGAAAAGAAAAACGCAAGCGAAGGACAGCAACCACGACGGCUGGUUGCCAGCCUCUUCUUUCCCGGUCCAACAGCACUGCCAUCACAUUCUUCCUAAAUGGGCAAAGGUCAAGCCCUAAGCUCCUUCUUCCGUGCCGCGCUACAACGAUCCAAAACUCCCUCCGCUGUCCCCGUUGCCGUUCCUCCGACCACUACGGCUAAAGUUCUAAGACUGUGCGUUUCUAAAACUCCCUCCGCUGUCCCCGUUGCCGUUCCUCCGACCACUACGGCUAAAGUUCUAAGACUGUGCGCUUCCAAAACUCCCUCCGCUGUCCCCGUUGCCGUUCCGCCGACCACCACGGCCAAAGUUCUGGAACUUUGCGCUUCCAAAACCACCGCCGGCUCUGCCACCAAACUCUCGGCUAAAUCCUUGAAGAAAUGCACUACUCCUGCCCUUGAGACAGCCUCCACCGCUGCAGCCCGCUCCGUACGAAUUCCCAUACCAUCAUCGUCAUCCUCGACCAUCAAAGGCUCCACGAAAACCCGAAAGAAGCCCUCCCGCAAAACAAAGCAGCGUCGUCCUUCAGCUAGUUCAACGUUGCCCAAUAUCAAAUUGGAAGCUUCCAACUCAGAUGUUCCCCCACUUGAGCUGACACGGGAGCUGGAGAGUAUAAUGCUCGGUCUCCCGCGUGAUGCCGAGGGAGCCAGUGACGAGUUAUCUUCAGGAAAUGUAUUGGGUAUCCCUUUUUUGCGGGAUUUGACAAGUACAGACCCUUCGCAACGGAAAGAAGAGAGUCGUUUUAGGAAAGACAAAUUCAUCUUCAGCUCUAGCCAGGAACACCAUGUUGCGAAGAUAACCAGAAGGAUUGCUCAGAAGUUUGGGUCGGAGAAGACCCUGGAUGUAUUUGGAAAAUUGGGACGAGCAACAGGCGCAAAAGAAUAUGAUGCAUUGAUAAAGAGCUGUUUAAAGAUAGCCAGGGAAACUAAAGAUGAUGAGAUUAUUUCCAAACAAAUGUCUAUGUGCUCUCAUAUCCUCACCAUAAUGAUGGAGCAAGGUUUCCAGAUCGAAGAAAAUUCUUAUGGACCUGUGCUUAUGUAUUUUAUUGAUAUGAGGAUGGUUCAAGAAUUCGAUUCUCUUCAUCAAGCCAUUAAAACUGGGAAACCUAGCUCUCUUGCAAGAUUAGGCUACUAUGAGAUGUUGCGAUAUAUCAGAGUUGGUGAUGAGCAAAAGAUUCAAGAACUCUGCAAUAUGAUUUCUCUUGGUUGCGAAACAAAGAAUCUCAAGGUACAUGAGAAUUAUUUUAUAGCACUUUGUGAAAGUAACCGGAAGAACGAAAUUUUGCCACUGCUGGACGUUAUUGAUGUAACAAAAUUUGAGUCAAUGGAGCACAUUUCCACUAUCUUUAAUAGCUUUGGAAGGUUGUCCCUGGAGUCCUUCACGAUGAAGUUCCUUUUAGCAUGCAAAAGUUGUGAUUAUGCUGCAGAGAACAUAUCAACUCUCGUCUGUAGUUAUGCUACUGGAAUUCCACAUUUAGAGGUUGAGGAUGUCAGUUUAAAGUUCAAAGAGCUGCACUCAGAGCUGGACAUAAAACCUUCUAUUGGUUCUUAUGAGCAGCUCAUAGCUUACUGCUGUGAUGAACUCAAGGUUUACGUUGCUCUUGACUUGGUCAACCAAAUAAAUGAAGAUCAAUUAUCCUUAUCCAUGGACACAUUUUGUAAACUACUGGAUGCCAUAGAUGAAAGCAGGGACUAUAUUCUGGUUCGGAGGAUGUACUCAUUGUUGAGUAAUCAUGAUUUGCAACCAACUACUGAUACAUUCAGGAAAAUGAUAACCUUGAGUGUGAGGAUAAAAGACUUUGACCUGGCAUAUGACAUACUUGAAGAUCUGAAGAACAGGGGAUUAAAACCUACAGUAAACAUGUUUAACGUUAUAAUGGGAGGGUUCUUUCGGCAGAAAAAUGCUAAUAGUGCUCUGAAGGUUCUGAAGGAAAUGGAACUUGCGGAUGUGAAACUUGAUUCUCAAACCUACAGCUAUUUGAUAAGCAACUGUUGGAAUGAGGAUCAAAUCAUAAAGUAUUACGAAAAGAUGCAGCUUGAUGGUAUUAAAGCUACAAAGCAUGUUUCGAUGGCGCUUGUCAAUGCAUAUACAGCCUUGGGACAUUUUGAGAAAGCAAAACAGGUACUCUUGGACAAAACCAUUGUAGAUGAGGCCCUGGAUGAAGUUAAGAGCGCUCUCGUAUCUGCUUUGGCAUGCCAUGGACAAUUUUUUGAUGCCUUUGGCAUAUACAAGGAAAUUAAGGACGCUGGAAACAAUAUAACGUCAAAAGCUACUAUAAAUCUAAUUGAGCAAUUUCCAUCUGAUGGAGAGACAAGUGAGUUACUUAAAUUGUUGGAAGAAGUACAUGAAUCUGAGUACCGGGUGGAUGCAUGUUACAGGGUUGUGUUACAUUGUAUUCGUAACAAGCAUUCUAGCUGUCUUAUUGAUUUGCUGAAACAACUCGUGGAGAUAUUUUCCGAAGAUGAAGUCGCAAUGGAAUUGAUAUUUGAUGAGUUUUUUGCAAUUAUUGCUGAUACGGAACAACCAGACUUAGAGAUGGCAUUGAAGUUGCUACGAAUAAUCAAAUCUGAACUCGGUCUCAGCCCUUCCCGUAAAAGUCUUGAUUUUCUUUUGCAUACAUGCGGCAAGGCCAAGGACUUAGCCCAUGCACGCUCCGUCUGGAAAGAGUAUGAAAUAGCUGGACUUCCUUACAAUGUCAUGAGCCAUUUGAGGAUGUACCAAGUUCUUCUGGCUUGUGGAAGCCACACCGCUGCCAAAAGGUUGCUUACUAAAAUACCAAAAGACGACCCUCAUGUCCGUAUGGUUGUUGAAGCAUGUCAGGGAGACUUGAAGUGUGGAUAGCCCCUAGACAAGUCACAUUAUGUAAUUCAAACACAAGUGCUGAUGACCACUUCAUUAGGAAAUGUUAGUAUCGUAUCGAUCUUAUACGAUUGUCGUACAUGUUUUGUCAUAUGAAAGCCAAUUCAUGGGCUUACGGCUUGCAAAUAUCUAAGAUAUUGUUAUGAAUAAUUUAAUUGAUAAUAUAGUGAUUUACGAGGACUUAAACACAAGAGCUCUGUGUAAAGCUUUGUACUAGGUUGAGAAUGAAUUGAUUCUAAUAACUCGAGUUACAAGGAGUAUCCAUCUUGUACCGGCAACAAAAGUAUAUCAUGAGCUACAAUAAAUGGUUCUUUCUUUUUGUUGUGUUGUUCAUUUUUAGUAAAUCCCUGCUUUUACAUUUUAUCAUUUGGUCUCACAAUUUACCACAAACAGAACAGUUUAAGUGUAGUGGUAAUGGAAACUUGACUAAGUUUACCCGCAUAAAAUUUGGAUGAAUCAAUUUGAAUUGGAGAAUUUUGAAUUGAUAUAUUUUGGCCAAUUAUAACUGUCUGCGAACAGAUAAUGUGAAUCGUAGGACGUUAAUUAAUGUGGCGGAUGAGCUAAGUUUGGCCUAACUCGAGUUCGGCGUGUUUAUUGAAAUUUUGACUCGCGUUUGACUCCAACUCGACUAGCUCAGUAAUGAGGUCACAUGUUCUAGACUUCUAGUCGAGUAGCAGAUUAAAAUGUAUCGUUAUAACCAUAAUCAAUCAAUCAUACGCCACAAGUUCAUCAUUUAAUAUAGGAUUGAACUAAAC